GUAGCUGUCCCAUCUGCCACUCCUGGGUGUUGUGGGGAAGAGUCAAGUCAGACAGGAAGGCCUGGGGCUGAUAGCACCAGCAGGAAGGAAUGCCACCCGGGUGAGCGAGUGGGGCCCAGGGCAACGUCAUGCCCCGCCCCCUCCCUGUCACGGGGGUGCGGCCUGGCCUCUCCUGCUGCCCUCUUCCCCUUCCCAGCCUGGCAUCGGCACAGUCCACACACAGCUCGCCUUGCAGCCCAGACAGGCCUCUGGAACACAGAGAAGGCCAUGGAGACUUCAGGAUCCUCCUCCCAGACUCGAGACCACAGUCAAGUCCACGGAGAAACAGAGGAUCUAGACUAUGGAGAGACGGAUUUCCACAAGCAGGAUGGGGAGGCCGGACUCUUUUCUCAAGGACCAUAUAAGAGAGACAAGUCUUCUUCUGCCUCCUCUUCAUCCUCCUCCUCCUCUUCUUCCUUGUCAUCCUCCUCUGCCUCAGGUGCUGAGCAUGGGGAGCCUGAUGUUUUGAAGGAUGAGCUUCAACUCUAUGGAGGAGUCCCUGGAGAGGUGGUGCCCUCUGGGGAAUCAGGACUCCGAAGGAGAGGCUCUGACCCAGCAAAUGGAGAAGUGGCGGCCUCUCAGUUAAGACGACUGAAUAUAAAGAAAGACGAUGAGUUUUUCCAUUUCGUACUCCUCUGCUUUGCCAUCGGGGCCUUGCUGGUGUGUUAUCACUAUUACGCAGACUGGUUCAUGUCCCUCGGGAUUGGCCUGCUCACCUUCGCCUCCCUGGAGACCGUUGGCAUCUACUUUGGGCUGGUGUACCGGAUCCACAGCAUCCUGCAAGGCUUCAUCCCCCUCUUUCAGAAAUUGAGGCUGAUGGGGUUCCGGAAGACCAACUGAAGCCAGUGCUGGGCAGGUAGCCAGGCUAGGCCCCAGUACGACCACCACUGCAUCCCCUGAGCCCACGAGGGCAGAGCAACAUUCUAGGAGACACACGGCAGGCCCAGCUAGAGCAAUAAAGAGAGCACUUUUCCUUC